ACCGAUAAUCAUCAAUAAUCAAAGUGACCAACAACAACAAUCCCAUCAUGAAACUAAUCGUUCUCUUCGCUUUGGCAGCCGUAGCUCUUGCCGCCCCCCAGGGACAGGACAAAGACGCCACCAUCAUCAAAAGUGAACUGGAGAACAUCGGAACGGACGGCUUCAACUGGGCUUAUGAAACAAGCAACGGAAUCGCUGCGCAAGAACAAGGACAAUUGAACAAUGCCGGAACCGAUAACGAAGCGAUCGCCGUACGCGGAUCCUUCAAGUUCGUCGGACCUGACGGUGUUACUUAUGAAGUUACCUAUGUCGCUGACGAAAACGGAUUCCAACCUCAGGGUGCUCAUUUGCCGAAAACGAAGUAAAUUUUUGUGAGUGGUGAUUUAGAAAAUUGUACAUAAAAUUGAUUAAAAUCAUGGAAAGUUAUGAA